AUGGACGCAACUACUCUUCUUGCCAACACUUUAUCCACAGAUCGUGCUUUACGUGAGGAUGCUACCCAAAAAUUAGAAUUAUUUGCUCAGGAGAACUACCCAAAUUAUGUCCUCUCUUUGUGUCAAAUUCUUGUCAAUGAGCAAGCUGAUGAUCCUAUUAGAAUGUCUGCUGGUCUUGCAUUAAAAAAUAGUUUGACAGCAAAGGAUUAUACUCGUAAAGAAGAAUUCCAUCAAAGAUGGCUUUUAAUAGCCGAGGAUCUUCGCAUUCAAAUUAAGCAAGGAGUCCUUCAAGCUUUGGCUUCACCCAAAAAGGCUGUUGGUAAUAUUUCUGGACAGGUUGUUGCUGCUAUUGCCGAAAUUGAGUUACCUUUAGGUGGCUGGCCUGAUUUGAUCCGCAUUAUGCUUGAAAAUAUUUCUACUGGCAAUGAUACUUUAAAACAAUCAACUUUACAAGCUAUUGGUUAUGUUUGUGAAGCUACAGAUCCUAUGGUUCUAGUUAGUCAAUCUAAUGAUAUUUUAACUGCUGUUGUGCAGGGUGCUCGUAAGGAGGAGCCAAAUCAAGAUGUACGACUUGCUGCUAUUAAUGCUUUAAUCAACUCACUUGAUUUUAUUAAGGAAAAUUUUGAACGUGAGGGUGAAAGAAAUUUUAUUAUGCAAGUGGUUUGUGAAGCUACUCAAAGUGAAUCUAGUGAUGUUCAAGUUGCUGCUUUCCAAUGUCUUGUCCGUAUCAUGCAAACAUAUUAUGAUAAGAUGCGUUUAUAUAUGGAAAAGGCUUUGUUUGGUCUUACUGUUGCUGGUAUGAAUAAUGAAGAUGAACGUGUUGCAUUACAAGCUAUUGAAUUUUGGUCAACUGUUUGUGAUGAGGAAAUUGAAUUAAGAGAGGAAAUAAUCGAAGCAAAUGCUGCUGGUGAACAACCAGAUCGUGAAAGUUAUCAUUUCGCCGAAUUGGCUCUUGGUGAUAUCCUUCCCGUUCUUUUAUGGAUUCUUACUAAACAAGAAGAAGAUUAUGAUGAGGAUGAAUGGACAGUGUCAAUGGCUGCAGCCACCUGUCUUUCUUUACUUGCCCAAUGUGUAGGUAAUCCUGUUAUCCAACCUAUUGUGCCUUUCAUUGAAUCCAAUAUUCAAAGUGAAAACUGGAGAAACCGUGAAGCUGCUGUUAUGGCCUUUGGUUCUAUUUUGGAUGGUCCUGAUGAAGCUGUUUUAACUCCUCUUGUUGAACAAGCUUUACCUACUUUAAUUCAAAUGAUGAAAGAUACUGAUGUUCAUGUUAAAGAUACUGUUGCAUGGACACUCGGUCGUAUUUGCGAAUUACUUAUUGAUUGUAUUAAGCCUGAAGUUCACUUAACUGAAUUAGUUUCUGCUCUUGUUUAUGGUCUUCAAGAUAGCCCACGUAUUGUUGGAAACUGUUGUUGGUCAUUAAUGAGUUUGGCUGAACAAUUGGGCCCUGCCAUUGGUGAAGAAGCACCUACUUCAGCUCUUUCUAUUUUCUUUGAGGGCAUUAUUACUGCUCUUUUGCAAUUUACUGAAAGAUCUAAUAAUGAGGCAAACUGUAGAACUUCUGCUUAUGAAGCCAUUUCUGCACUUGCAAUGUAUUCUGCUAAUGAUUGUAUCAGUACUGUUCAAAGAAUUGUCUUGACAAUUUUAGAUCGUUUAGAGACUACAAUGGCUAUGGAAAGUCAAAUUCUUGAUGCAGAUGAUAGAGCUAACCAUUCUGAAUUACAGUCUAGUCUAUUGGGUGUUUUGACUAACUGUAUUCGUCGUCUUUCUAGAGAUAUUAGUCAAAUUGCUGAUCGUAUUAUGACAGUUGUUCUUCAACUCUUAAAUAAUCAAUCUAAACAAGCUACUACAACUGAAGACGCAUUUUUGGCUAUUGGUGCCAUGACUAGUGCUUUGGAAGCUGAUUUUAGCAGAUAUACCGAACCCUUCAUACCUAUUCUUUGUAAUGCAUUACAAAACCCUGCUGAAUAUCAAUUAUGUUUUAUUGCAGUUGGUUUAAUUGGAGAUAUUUGUCGUGCACUUGGAAAGGAUGCAACACCUUAUUGUAACAAUUUGAUGCAACUCUUAGUAACUAACCUUCAAUCACCUGUUCUUCAUCGUAUUGUUAAGCCAGCCAUUCUUUCAUGCUUUGGUGAUAUUGCUUUAGCUAUUGGUGAUGCAUUUGCUGCCUAUUUAGAAGUUGUUAUGAUGGUCUUACAACAAGCUGGUAGUAUGCGUGCUGAUAGAGAUAACUAUGAAAUGAUUGACUAUGUCAAUACUUUAUAUGAAGGAUGUGUUGAAGCAUAUGUUGGUAUUGUUCAAGGUUUAAAUGGCACAACACAUGCUAAUAUGUUAUUACCCUUUUUACCUCAUGUGUUUGAUUUUAUACACUUUAUUGCUACUGAUCCUAAUAGAAAUGACUCUCUUGUGAGAUCUAUCAUUGGCUUAUUAGGCGAUCUUGCAGAGACCUUUGAAGGACAAUUGAAACAAUUCUUUAUGCAGGAUUGGAUUACAGCUUUGUUACGUGAAGCUAGAACUAGCCGUCAUUAUUCAUCAUCUACAAAGGAAACAUCACGCUGGGCCAAGGAGGUAAAAUAUAGAUAA